AUGAUCAAAGUCGCCGUGGUUGGUACCAACGGACUGGCGCAGUACAUUGCGAACGGUAUAGCAACGCAGACCUCCCACCAGUUCGUCGUCCUAUCUCGAAGGCCUAGUCCAGGUCUAACAGCAAGGGGAUGGCAGGUACUUCAGGCCGACUAUUCCAACCCUGCGGACCUCAGAUUCAAGCUGGCCGGUGUGGACACGGUCAUCUCAACAAUCAGCGGCAAUGCGCAGCUUGCGUUGAUUGACGCCGCGGCGGCAGCUCACGUGCGACGUUUCGUGCCUUCUGAAUUCGGCGGGCCCCCGUCCCUGCGACCGCAAAACGAUCUCCUAGACCAUCAUCGACGCGCAGCCAUUCUGCGGCUUCACCAACACGAGUCGUCAGGCAUGAGGUUCACGGUCUUCACGUGUGGUGUGCUCUAUGAGCGGUUCGCUCCUGGUGGGAUGGCGGCCUCUCAGAUUGGCCUUGCAAGCAACAUCGGUCAAGAAGGGGAUUAUCUGAUGGACUUCCGUCGAAGGAGAGCGCAGGUCCCUUAUCUCAACGCUGCUGGACAACCAGCGACGAUAUGCAUGACCUCGGCCGCCGAUGUCGCCCGGUUUGUAGUUGCAGCCCUGGAUCUUCCAUCGUGGCCGCGAGAGUUCCGCCUCCGAGGAGAACGGUUGACUGUAAGGGAGGUCGUGGCUAUUGCCGAAGACAUUCAAGGUCGAGCAUUUGAGAUCUCUGGGCAUACGAGGAGCUCGCUGCAGGACGCGCUGACAUAUGCGAGGGCCGUGGGCGAUCGUGCACGAGAAACUCGGGUCCAUCAUUUGAUCACCACGGCUGAGGGUCGCUACGACUUUGCCAACACCAAUUUGAACCAGCUGGUCUCGGUUCGACCGGAGAGCUUUCGGGACUGGCUGCUACGGGUCUGGUCACCAGUCACCUGA